CAGGCUCCUGCGGCUGAUGCGGAUCACGCAGAACAUGCUGAUCACGAUCAUGAACAUGAGCAUGACCAUACUGCUCAUCACAAGAUUGGGUACUCUCUUGUUUUUGGAUUCAUCUUCAUGUUAUUAGUCGACCAGAUAAGUAAUACUGCAGGCACUAGAAGUGAGUAUUUAUUUGAUGUGCUUGGUAGAUAUGUCACGCAAUCUCCAUUGCCAGAUGAUCGUUCCGGUCGCAACAGAAUGGGCAUUUCCGCCACCAUCGGUCUUAUCGUACAUGCCGCAGCUGAUGGAAUAGCACUUGGCAGUGCUUCAACAAUUCACAAAUCGGAUGUGCAGUUGAUUGUAUUUAUCGCUAUAAUGUUGCACAAGGCUCCAGCAGCGUUCGGUUUGGUUUCAUUUCUUCUCAUGGAAGGAAUAGAUAUAAGAAAUGUUCGCAAACAUCUACUGGUGUUCUCUUGUGCAGCUCCCUUUGCUGCUAUAGCUACAUUUCUACUCGUUACAAGUGUGGGAAGUGAGUCCAUAUCAUCCUCGGGAGCUUCCACUGGACUGCUUAUGCUGUUCUCUGCGGGGACGUUUCUGUUCGUAGCAACUGUGCAUGUUUUGCCCGAAUUGGUGAGUCUUUUGUUACGUUACCUUGUUUAUCAGAGCAUUUGA